AUGGCGGCUAUCGGUUGUGUUUUUCGUGGCUUAUUGAAAAAUUCUGUAAAAACAGCGAACGUUUGUCUAAGAUCAGCACCUAAACCCGCAGUUCUGUUUUCCAGUAAUACAGGUAAGAUUCUGAUAGGUCGAAAUGGUACAUAACACGGGAAAAGUGUAUUUUCUGUGGGUUUUCUUUUUCAGUAAUGAACGUGCCUUCUUUCAUCCCAUCAAUCCCUAGCGCACAAAAAUACUUAGCAAGCACAAGUUACUUAAAAUCGAUUCUGAAGAUAAUAUUGAACAACCUUAAUCAGUGUACAAAGAUUGUGAAUGACAACUUGAUAAAGAGGGGAUCAACAUGAGUGCAAAUCAGCCGCUUUGUCCACUUAUACUCAGUAGGAGUACGUUUAAUUUUAAUUGAUUUUUAUUGUUUGAAAUCAACUUCAAUUUCAACUUUAUUUUCUACACUGUUUACAGGGAAUUUCUUGGUACUUACUAUUGUCUUAAAACGUAUUCUCAAGCAUUUAUCAACCAAUAACCGGACAAAUUUUUUCCAAUUUUUUUUCUUACUUGGCAGGAGGUGCUAGUGAACAGGAACUUUGCAAAGGUAUAAAUUACUUAAAAGAAGGAUCUGAUCCCCCUUUGCUGCCUGACAGUGAAUACCCAGAAUGGCUGUGGAACAUUCUUGAUGAUGAUAAAAAACUAUCUGUUGGUGACCAAUCAUUUGACAUUAACAAUAUAACUCACAGAAGAAGACAAAGAAAGGCACAAAGAAGGCAGGAAAAUGCUAUGAGAAAGCAAAACAAGUGAUAUACAUGUACAGUACGUCUAUAAGAAGAUAAAUACC